AUGGGCCUCCCAAUGUCUCCAUGCCCGCCCUCCGACGUCUCCAUUCACGAUCGCACUGCACUCCCCCAGUACGGCUUUGGCCCCGAUGUCGAAUUCGAGAAGCUCGUAGAGAGCAACCCAUUUCUCUUUCGUGUGUAUACGCCGAAGGAGCCCAAUCCCUUCUACGAUCGCUCCGAGCCCUAUUUCGUCGGUCCCCGCUUCGAGGAGAAGUUCUCCGAUGCGGGUUUCAACUCGCAGGAUCCGUCGACAUCGCCUUUUCGGAGCCCACCCUCGCCCACGUACGCGGACGCUGCGCAUCACCUUGAUUGGACGACACGCUCGUCCUCUCCAUACGUAUCGACGUCGUUCAGCUUUGCAUGGGCAAUAUGGGAGGCAACGAGACGUUACCACCAUGGCGUAAAGCACUCUGUCGAGAUCGCUGUGAUCGAUGCAAAGGCCGUGUCGUCUCGGGCCGUGACUGCCGUCGAGCUGCUCAGGAAAGCCGAUCCCAAAGACCGUCAUCAGGACCACUGGAAGUGGUAUCGUUUCGCCCUUGAGGCGCAGGACGUUCUCGUAUGGGGCUAUAUCCCGGGCAACGCCGUCUUCGCAUCCAUCCCGCUCUCGCAAGUUCUCACGAAGCUCCCCUCCUUCUUCCUUUCCCCCGAUACCCCUCUAUCACCCGACACCAAGAAUGCUCAAACCAGCCAGCUCGGGCUCGCCUGGGACUACAGCCGACGGAAGCCAAGUUUCCGCGAGUUCUGCCAGGAUGUUUCUGCGCGAUUCCUGCGGAUGCCACCAGAACGUCGCUUGCGAGACACCACCGCUGGCGCCGUGCGGCUCGCACUAUGCCACCUGCGGCCAUGGUUCCAUGCACGGGCGCUCGGAGACUUCCCCGCAGCGUCCAGCACGACAGUCGAGCUCGCACUUGUCAUCGCGCGCUGGGCGGGACCGUGGUGGGUGCGCGAGCACCCUGAGAUCGAGAGCAUCGUGCGUGCGGCGGUACACGUCGUCGGCGAGGAGGUGCGCGAGGCGCGGAGGGUGCAGGCGCUUGCGGACGCCGCACGCAUGCAGGACAUCGUCGCGGGCCUCGAGCAGCUCGCGCAGACAUAUCAGGUGCGCGCGCGUAUGCGCAAAGCGGUCCCAAGCGCGUGCACAUCUCCCGUCGAACCAAAGUCACCCUGUGCGGCGCCGGUGCUUGCUGAGCCGCUGGACCCUGCAGCCACUCUUCUUAGCCCCGUCGCGCGCGCCCCGGAGCCGGAUCUAGAGAAGGCUGAGGCAGUCGAGGAGCCUGAAUCAUCGCCAAAGGCGCCCCGCGAGUCGCCAAUGCAGACAUUCGUGCGUUCGGCAUCGACGCUGCUGACUGGGUUCUUCCUGGGCACGUUUGUGACGCUUUGGGUUUUGGCACCUGAUACGAGACAGCUCGCGCACCAUCUCACAUGA